AGACAGGAGGAGGGGUGCAUGGGAGCACGAGAGGCAGAGGAGGGGGCAUGGGGCCACGAGAGGCAGAGGAGCGGGACAAGAGAAAAGAUGAAUGGGGACAUAGAAUGCAAGCUGGUGACGACUGGAGGUGAGGAAUUGGAGGAGAGGAAAGGACGGAAGGAGUCAGUUGGAGGCCCAGACUCGGAAGGAGCGUGGAUGGGAGCCCAAGAGGCGGGAGACAGGAGGAGGGCUUAAGGGGAUCCCAAACCAGAGAAGAGACCCGGGUCGCUCCAGUUUGGGAGCGGAGGAGAAGGAAGUUGGGACACUCCCGGAUGGGUGGGGAGCUAAAGGGUCCUGCCCGGCCAAGGCUGGGCCCCAGGAAGAGUUACCCUCAAAGAAAGAGUUGGCCCUUUAGGCGACCCAGGCCUCCCCCAAGCCCGCUCUACCUGGGAGGGUGUUGUGCAUUUACAUUUACCUGCUCGCCUCCUCCAGGUGAGUCCGGGUGGCUAGUUAGUGUGUGGAAUUAGCUGUUAGGCUAGUAUGAGGAAUCCAUGGUUUGCCAUAAGACAUGAAUAUCUACUUAGAAAUCUGCCUUUAAUAAUGUUGUUGUUUUUUUUUCUCCCUGGAGGAAGCAUCUCUAAAAUUUCAAUACAGAUGUUCUGCUUAUAUGCCAGACUUGCCUAAUGGACAAAGGAAUGUCAAAUCGACCCAGACUGCCAGCAAAAACUAGCCUCUUGAUCAGCAUUUAGCCUGAUACCAAAAAUUCCAAAAACCUGGAAGGAAGCGAUGUAGUUAAGACGCUCUCCAGUGCUCUGGGUUCCCAUCUGCCACAGAGACACUUCCUUUGGACCACAGGACAAUGUCUGUAUACACAAACCCACAAGUCUGUGUCGCGAUACCAAAGUUCAGCCAGGUGACGUGUCAGGGCAGGUAUCUGUGGUUUGCCCUGUACUUGCUUCCGCAAUUCCUGUCCCUCGAUGCAUCUUCUACCAGAGUGGAGCAUCUGCCUGGAUCCCACGUGUGCCACAAAGCGUGCCAUGGCCUGGGAGUGCCCUUCAAAGCCGUCCUCGCCUCCUGCAGAGCCAAACCUCGCCCGACAAGCGCACAGUGUCAAGCCCUCAGCCCCCCGAGGAAGAUGGCCCAGCCUGGGCACACUCCCCGAGCAGCUGCCUCUCGUUCCUCGGCCAAGCAGCAGGGAACUGUCAGCAGCCUGAGGAACGGCAGGCUGGGGGCCUCGGGCACCGCCCAGCCUUGCUGCCAGCUCACCUGCAAGAUGUGGACAGCCCUCGUGCUCAUCUGGGUUUCCUCUUGGUCCUUAUCUGAAAGCCACCUGACAGCCCCGCAUCCACGGUACUCAGUCCUCAACAAGACGCUGGAGAAUUCAGAACAAAACUCAUCUGUGGAAACCAUUACAAGAGUCUUGAAUGAAAUGUCUGCAAGAAUGACCUCGGUGACACCUUCUCCCAUCACGUUGACCAGAGGGACUUGGGGAGGCGACCCCACCUCUCCUGCGGUCACAGCAGGGACAACGCACAGGACAGAGGCAGGCGCGUCAGCGACAGCAGAAGGGACCCCUGACGGAGCCACCUCCGGGGUGCCCACGCCGCCUGUCCCGGCGUCUGACUGGCAGACACCGUCCUCACCCCACACGCGGGCGCCUGGCAGCGGCACAUUGUCUGGGCCAGCGACGCACACGACACCCACGCCGGCCACGGGUGCUCCCACAGCUGCUGCGGCCCUGGCAAGCGUAAGCGGCCCCUUGGACUCGCACGGUCAUCCCGGGCACACCCCCGGCCAUGCCACAGCCAGCCCCACGGUGCCCCUGAGUCCCCAAACACUUAACGCAUCCACACAGGGCCCCACCGUCCAGGCGCCGACGGGCCGGACUGCGGCUGACGCGGCAAGUAGGCCCGCGCCCACCCUCCUCAACACAACCCCAGAACCCGCCUCCCCCUCUUCGGCUUCCGCAUCCACGACAGUGGGGACCACGACCAAGGCCCCCCAGCCGGCUGCCAGCACAGCGCCAGCACCUGCCCCUCACUCCAGCCCGGCCCCCCCGACGCGGCCCAGCCCCGUCACAUCCAUGGCGGGGGCCGCGGGGCCAGGCACCACUCAGACGCCGGAGCAGGGCGAGCCUGAAGCCGCGCCUGGUCCUGCUUCCGUGGGGCCGACCCCUGCGAGCUCAGGGGACUCCAAGGUGCCAGCCACGGACGCGUGUCAGCUCAGCACCCAAGGCCGGUACCUGGUGGUCUCCAGCGAGCCCCUGGCCCAGUCCCCAGUGAACAGAAGUUUCCUCCUGGCAGUGCUCUUGCUGGGGGUCACCCUCUUCAUCACAGUCCUGGUUCUGUUUGCCCUGCAGGCCUACGAGAGCUACAAGAGGAAGGACUACACGCAGGUGGAUUAUCUCAUCAACGGCAUCCGCCGGGGCUGCACUUGUCAUUCUAGCUUCAUCUGCUUACCAGCCGGAGGGAGGCAAGAGAGCUGGCGGGCAGCACGUGAGGCUGCGUUCCCAGGCCAGGUAUGCAGCCACCAGCCGUGUGACCCGGAGCAAGUGUGGCGUGUUGUGGACUCAGCCGCUUUACCUGGGCGAUGGGGAGACUGUCUGUCUGUCACGGCCCCCAGGGGCAUGCUGCCUGGAGCGAUUCCAGGUGGGGAGUUGACUCCUGCUUUCUCAACUACUCUGAACCCUGAGGAGGAGACCGUUCUACCUGGAGACUCCAGUUUCCCCAUCACAGAAAUCUCCUGAGCCAGGCCUGCGUGUCCACUUCCUCUUAUUGAAAUUCUGCCUCCUCCGAAAAGGAUUUCAAAUGGCACAUAAUAAAAGACAAUGGUA